UUUCAUUUCUCUCUUCUGCUGCCAGCGAUGGCGUCUGCUGAUCUGAGACAGGAGCUGCACUGUUCCAUCUGCCUGAGCAUUUAUACAGAUCCUGUAACCCUGAGAUGUGGCCACAACUUCUGCCGGGUCUGUAUUGAUCGUGUGCUGGAUACACAGGAGGGGGCUGGAGCUUAUACCUGUCCGGAAUGCAGAGCAGAGUGUCAGGAGCGUCCUGUACUGCAGAGGAACAUAACGCUGUGUAACAUAGUGGGGAGUUUCCUGUCUACUCGGCCAGAUCAGGAGGAGACUGGGAUCUUCUGCACUUACUGUGUGGACUCUCCUGUACCUGCUGCUAAAUCCUGUCUGAUGUGUGAGGCUUCUCUGUGUGAUAAACACCUGAGAGUACACAGCAAGUCAGCAGAACACGUCUUAUGUGAUCCCACCACUGCCCUGGGGAACAGGAAAUGCUCCGUCCAUCAGAAGAUCCUGGAGUAUUACUGCACUGAGGACGCUGCCUGUAUCUGUGUGUCCUGCAGUUUAGCUGGGAAACAUCGGGGACACCAGGUGGAGAUGCUGGAUGAGGCCUCUGAGAAGAAGAAGGAGAAGCUGAGGAAUGUUCUGCAGAAACUGACCACAAGGAGAGAGGAGACUGAGAAAAGAGUCCAGAGUCUGCAGGAGCGCAGGAGAGAAGAUCAGGGAAAAGCAGCUGGUGUAACAGAGACAGUCACUGCCCUGUUUAGAGACAUCAGGAGACAGCUGGAAGACCUGGAGAAGAGAGUCCUGAUUGAGAUCUCCAGGCAGGAACAGCGCGUUUCACUCUCAGUUUCUGAUCUGAUCCAGCAGCUGGAAAUAAAGAAGGACGAGCUGUCCGGGAAGAUGCGUCACAUUGAGGAGCUGUGUAACAUGUCUGAUCCAGUGACUGUCUUACAGGAACCAGACACAGGGGACUUGUGUGAUACUGACGACCCAGAGACACAUGAUAACCAGGUCCGUGGUGCAGGAGAUCUGGAUGUGAGUCUCAUCUCAGGGACAUUACACACAUUAUCUGAUAUAAUAACAGGUAUAAAUACAGGGAUCUAUGUGCAGGAGGCUACAGACAUGUUACUGGAUGUGACCACAGCUGGUAAUAAUGUACAUUUAUCAGGUGACAGGAAAACUGCAUCCAAGUCACCAAACCAGAAUCGCCCAAUAACACCAGAGAGAUUUGAGGAUGAUCAAUUAAUAAGCACCAAGGGAUUCUCCUCAGGGCGAUGUUACUGGGAGGUGGAUGUCAGUAAGUCAGAGUGGUGGAGGGUGGGGAUGUGUUACCCCAGUAUAGGCAGGAGAGGAACACAGUCAUACAUUGGUAAUAAUAACAAGUCCUGGUGUUUGCGUAGGUAUAAUAAUCGGUACUAUGUGGUACAUGACAGUACAGGGAUCCGGUUACUUGACAAUAUCCCCUGUGACAGAGUGAGGAUAUAUCUGGAUUAUGAGGCAGGACAGCUGUCCUUUUAUUCUCUGUGUGACCCUAUCAGACAUUUACACACCUACACUGCCGCCCUCACUGAGCCCCUCCAUGCUGCAUUAUUGGUAGCGGUUGGUUGUAUAACUAUAUGUGGGGGAGUCAGGAACUGGGAGAAAUUGCCAUAAGAAAUCUGCCCAGAGACUGGUGACAUCACAAGUAUGGGGAAUGUGAUUGGGUGAACAUUCAGCCAAUAGAAUGAAGCAGUGGGUGAAGCUACAGCUGAGCCCCUCCCCCUGUGUAACCAGAUGACCAGUGUGUGGAUGUGUUCCCAUGUUGGAGUGUUAUGCUGGGUACACACUGACAGACAUAUCACCCACCCAGCUGUGAUGUCAGCAGCGACAUAUCUAAUGGCCAAUUAAUAACUCGGUAUACUGUAGCUUACCUAAUCGGCUGCUCUGUCGGUGCAAUUGUGGAUCGGCAGACAUGUCGCUGAGGUGUGUAGCCAGCCUUAGAGACUGUCAUCUAUAUGUAUAAAUGCGAAAGCCCUCUCUCACUGACUGACUGACUCAUCACUCAUUUUUUUACUUCCCAAUAUGUUAGGUAGAUGGAAUGUAACAUAGAGAUUCUUCAGGUGGGAAAAAGGAAAACUACGUAAUAAGAAUUUGAAUAAACCUCCCCUAAGGGGGUGAACAGGGGCUUGACAUAAUGACGUUAUUAGCAUCUUAAUAUAUCAUUGACAUCACCCGUGUUGAACUAUUUAAUUGAUAAGAAAGGUGUUUCAACAGAGGUGAUUGCAAUCAUAAAUUAAGAAGGAAGUCCAGAUAGAGAGCAUUUUGUCCCUCUUGGAAUGGGUCAUGGUGGGAGGUAUAGAUUGUGUAUAUUCAAUUGAAACCAAUGGUGUAUAUUAGUUUUAAGUAAUAGUUUAAUAAUGCCUGGUUACUGUUUAUAGCUCCAUCUAACUGAAAGACAACUACCGUAUUUGCCGGCGUAUAAGACGACUGGGCGUAUAAGACGACUCCCAACAUUUCCACUCAAAAUAUAGAGUUUGUUAUAUACUCGCCGUAUAAGACUACCCCCUCUUGCGCACACCUUCCACACACCAAAUAAAACGUAAAAGAACAAAGAAGUUUAAAACUUGCUUUUUGCUGGUGCCAUGAUAGGGUUGAUAGGCGUUUGACAGCUGGACUUUUUCUAUGCUGUAUUGUACUGUGCAAUGGUGCAGUACUGUGGUUGGCUGUUGGCUGUAUACAAAGCUUGAUUGGAUUGGUCCCUGCUCCCUGUCUGCCCUCCCUGUCCCCCUGUCACUAGCAGCAGUCUAUUAAUACCAAGUGACAUACUGUAUAUUAUGACCGCAUGUGCAAGGGGCGGGUCGGAGCGCCGCUGCUUCCCGCCAAGCAGAACGGGCCGGUCACGCCGAAAAGGCUGGCACCCCUGUAUCGCUGCUGAUGCUCGCCGCAGCCACGCUGAUGACCCGCCGCGGCCGCAGUGCUUCGGGAGGCCACUAUGGCACCCGGCGUAUGAAGUGCACCCGGCGUAUAAGACGACCCCCCCCCCACUUGGAGGCAUGUUUUGCAGGGCAAAAAAGUAGUCUUAUACGCCAGCAAAUACAGUAUUUUACAAACUUUUCUUGUAGUGGAACAAAGACAAUUUAACCUUAAAAUACACAUAGACAAAUAAAAAAAAUGUAUCUUGUCACAUGUAAGAAUAGCAGCAGCCUCUGUACUACUUACACACUGGGACAUGACUCAGGAGGACUCUGUGUGUGUCUCUAGAUCUAGACCCAAAUGGUUUAAUUGCAUAACAGUUCACACAGGACUCAGACACCCAGGCGGGGAGGAGGAGAAGAUGGGAUCCCUGUGUCAUUUACGGCUCUCUCCACCCUCCUAUCUCUCCUCUGGUCAGAAAGCUCUUUCGGUAGCUCAUAAAACAUGAUAUUCCUGUGUCUCUACCUGCCCUGCAUACUGUCCUGCUGGCAUUCUGGCUGCUGGUUCUGCUGCUGCUGCUUAAAAGGGAAAUCUAGUGAUGUCAGUGUGCUCUGGACGGGGGGCCCCCUGACAAAGGGGGGCCCAGGGUACAGUAUGCCCUGCAACCCGCCCUUAAUCUGGCUUUGCCACCCACAUAUCCUUCAAUGCUUCCCUAUCUAAUCACAUCCUCUCUGUACAGUACACAUAACCUCACAUAUUUUGUCUUUCUUUACUCACACCUCCUGACCUUUGGUCAACAUUGCUGGGUAUCAUCACACAACCCAUUAAGAACCUAGCGAUCUGGUGGACCAUUAUGCAAUAGGUAGCAUCUAUCCUUUUGUAUCAAUGCCUAUUGUCCUAUAGAUUGUAAACUUGCGAGCAGGGCCUUCCUACCUCUAUGUCUGUCUGUUUUUACCCAGUUUUGUUCUAUUACUGUUCUAAUUGUAAAGCGCAACGGAAUAUUCUGCGCUAUAUAAGAAACUGCUAAUAAAUAAUAAAUGGAUUAAUAUUUA